CCCGGGGGAGCGAGUCUGUUUUUGUCGCGGAUUCGGUUAAUCAGUCAGCGGGCAACUCGCGUCAGCGCCGUCUCCUCGCAGUCGGCCGACGGGGAGUGAGACUUGAAGGUUUCUCCGUUUGAGUGGAGUAGCCGCACACACCCACACACACGUUUGAGUGGGGUACCCGCGACAGAAGACAGCUGGAUAGUGCUGCCCUUCAGAUUAAACGUUAUUUUAGGAAAUUAACAGACAGAGCCAGUGCCGGGAGGCAUCGAGUGCCGUUUUUUCGUAUUUGGACUGAGGAUUUGUUGAGUUUUCAAGAUGCCGGUGUUCCACACGAGGACGAUCGAGAGCAUUCUGGAGCCCGUGGCUCAGCAGAUCUCCAACUUGGUCAUCAUGCACGAGGAGGGCGAAGUUGACGGUAAAGCGAUCCCGGACCUCACGGGACCGGUGGCUGCUGUGCAAGCCGCCGUCAGUAAUCUCGUGCGGGUGGGGAAGGAGACAGUCCAAACAACAGAGGAUCAGAUCAUGAAAAGAGACAUGCCUUCUGCCUUUAUUAAAGUAGAGAAUGCCAGUGGUAAGCUCGUGCAGGCGGCCCAGAUGUUGAAGGCGGAUCCGUACUCUGUCCCCGCCCGAGACCACUUGAUUGACGGCUCACGGGGCAUCUUGUCUGGCACGUCUGACCUUCUGCUCACCUUUGAUGAGGCCGAGGUUCGUAAGAUCAUGCGUGUGUGUAAGGGCAUUCUGGAGUACUUGACGGUGGCGGAGGUGGUGGAGAGUAUGGAGGACUUGGUGACCUACACAAAGAACCUGGGACCAGGAAUGACCAAGAUGGCCAAGAUGAUUGAUGAGCGGCAGCAGGAGCUGACGCAUCAGGAGCAUCGCAUCAUGCUGGUCAACUCCAUGAACACCGUCAAGGAGCUGCUGCCAGUGCUCAUCUCAGCCAUCAAGAUCUUCGUGACGACGCGUACGGGGGGGGGGCAGGGGGUGGAGGAGGCUCAGAACAACAGGAAGUUCACCUUCCAGAAGAUGAGCACCGAGAUCACCGAGAUCAUCCGAGUCCUGCAACUCACCACCUGGGACGAGGACACAUGGGCCAACAAGAAGGAUAUGGAGGCCAUGAAGAGAUCUCUGGCUCUGAUCGACGCUAAGAUGGCUCUGGCUAAAGCCUGGCUCAAAGACCCCAAUGGCAUGCCAGGGGAGGCUGGUGAGCAGGCGGUGCGUGGGGUCCUGGAUGAGGCGGGGAAGGUGGGGGAGCUGUGUGCGGGACGGGAGCGGCGGGAGAUUCUGGGGGCGGGGAAAGCGCUCGGACAGAUGACUGACCAAGUGUCUGACCUCAGAGCAAGAGGGCAGGGCCCGGUCCCGGGGUGUGUGCAGAAGGCGGGGCAGGUGGGGCAGGGGCUGGACGUGCUGGUGGGGAAGGUGGAGAACGCCGCCCGCAAGCUGGACGCCCUCAUCAACAGCAAGCAGGCCAUCGCCAAGAGGAUCGACGCCGCACUGAGCUGGCUGGCGGACCCUAACGGAGGUCCCGAGGGGGAGGAGAACAUCCGUGCGCUGCUGGCGGAGGCCAAGCGUGUAGCCGACAUGUGUGAGGACCCGCGCGAGCGCGACGACAUCCUGCGCUCAGUCAGCGAGAUCGCCGGCCUCACACACACUCUCGUGGAGCUACGCAAACAGCCACAGCUGCAUGCGCGUGUGUCAGGCAGGUGGCUGUCCCUCCCUGUGUGGCUGCUGUGUUGCAGGUGUUUAAAGUGGGGCGCGCGGCCUCCAUCCUGCCACAGGGGUAAGGGGGGCACCCCAGAGGCGCGGGCGCUGGCUAAGCAGAUUGGCGAGUGUCUGCAGACGCUGCAGGUGAAGGUGAGCCGCGCGAUCGCCAACAUGCGGCCGUCCAAACCGGCGCUCACCCUGGAGGGCAAGAUGGACCAGGCCACGCGCUGGAUCAACAACCCGGGAGUGGACGAUGGAGGAGUGGGUCAGGCAGCGAUCCGAGGUCUGGUGGCGGAGGGCCGUCGUCUAGGCAACUCUCUUCCCGCUCCGUACCGGCAGGAGCUGCUGGGCCGCUGUGAGCGCACGGAGGCGCUGAUGACCUCACUGGCCGACAUGGCCGCCCGCGGGGAGGCGGAGUCUCCUCAGGCACGCGCCGUCGCCGCUCAGCUCAUGGAGGCCCUUAAGGACCUGAAGAGUAAGAUGCAGGAGGCGAUGACUCAGGAGGUCUCUGAUGUGUUCAGCGACACGACCACGCCCAUCAAACUCCUGGCUGUAGCGGCCACGGCCCCCCCAGAGGCCCCCAACAGAGAGGAGGUGUUUGAGGAGAGAGCGUGUAACUUUGAGAACCAUGGCAACCGUCUGGGUGCGACUGCUGAGAAGGCAGCUGCUGUGGGAACAGCCAAUAGGACGACAGUGGAGGGAAUCCAGGCUGCAGUGAAGUCUGCCAGGGAACUGACCCCUCAGGUGGUAGGGGCUGCGCGUAUCCUGCUGAAGAACCCGGGCAACCAGCCUGCAUAUGAGCACUUUGAGACCAUGAAGAACCAGUGGAUUGAUAACAUAGAAAAACUCACAGGUUUGGUGGAUGAGGCCAUCGACACCAAGUCGCUCCUGGAUGCCUCUGAAGAGGCCAUUAAGAAGGACAUUGAUAAAUGUCGCGUUGCCAUGGCGAACGUUCAGCCUCAGAUGCUGGUUGCCGGGGCGACGAGCAUUGCGCGACGGGCCAAUCGGAUCCUGCUGGUGGCGAAGCGGGAGGUGGAGAACUCGGAGGACCCCAAGUUCCGAGAGAUCGUCAAGGCAGCAAGCGACACACUCAGCAGGACCAUCUCCCCCAUGGUGAUGGACGCCAAGGCUGUGGCCGGCAACAUCCAGGUCCCAGGGCUACAGAAGAACUUCCUGGACUCCGCCUACAGGAUUCUGGGUGCCGUGGGGAAGGUGCGAGAGGCCUUCAGCCCCCCGGAGCCAGACUUCCCCCCCCCACCACCAGACCUGGAUCAACUGCACGUGAAUGAUGAGCAGGCCCCCCCUAAGCCCCCGCUACCUGAGGGAGAGGUGCCCCCCCCUCGACCCCCCCCUCCAGAGGAGAAGGACGAGGAGUUCCCCGAUCAGAAGGCCGGAGAGGUGGUCAGCGAGCCCAUGAUGGUGGCCGCCCGGCAACUCCAUGACGAGGCCCGCAAGUGGUCAAGCAAGCCGGAGGAUUCGGGGGGCUUUGAUGGGGCGGAGGGUGAGGUGGAUGUAGACGAGGAGGACGAGUUCACAGACAACGAGGACGAUUAUGAGCCCGAGCUGCUGCUCAUUCCCACCAAUCAGCCGGUGAACCAGCCCAUUCUGGCCGCCGCCCAGGCUUUGCACCAGGAAGCUCGCAAGUGGUCCAGUAAGGGCAAUGACAUCAUCGCGGCGGCUAAGCGCAUGGCGCUGCUGAUGGCGGAGAUGUCGCGGCUGGUGCGCGGCGGUAGCGGCAACAAGCGCGCGCUCAUCCAGUGUGCCAAGGACAUCGCCAAGGCCUCCGACGAAGUCACCCGCCUCGCCAAGGAGGUCGCCAAGCAGUGCACCGACAAACGCAUACGCACCAACCUGCUACAGGUGUGUGAGCGUAUCCCCACCAUCAGCACUCAGCUGAAGAUCCUUUCCACCGUCAAAGCCACCAUGCUGGGCCGCACCAACAUCAGUGAGGAGGAGUCCGAACAGGCCACGGAGAUGCUGGUGCAUAACGCUCAGAACCUGAUGCAGAGCGUGAAGGAGACGGUGCGUGAGGCGGAGGCCGCCUCCAUCAAGAUCCGCAUGGACGCCGGCUUCACGCUGCGCUGGGUGCGCAAGACGCCCUGGUACCAGUGAGGGGUCAUGACCUCCACGCCAACCUGGGUGACCUCCACGCGACCCCGCGACCUUUCUGCUCGCACCCCUCUGCCGCCGCUGCGCUGUGAGCAAGGAGGGUCACGGCCGGCAGUCAGGACUCACUCGUCAGACUUCACCUCUCUGUGCUUGCUCUUCAACUGACCCUUAUUGAUUGGCGGUGGUCAGUGCUGGCUGGUUGAUUGAUCGUUAUUGAUUGGUAGUGGUCAGUGCUGGCUGGUUGAUUGAUUACUUUCUCACUGCGUUUACUACUGAGACGGCCUGCGGGGCGGCCUCACACACACACACACACACACACACACACACACACACACACACUGUGGUUAUUCAUGUUAGGAGAAUAACGGUGCACACACACACACACACACACUCACACACACACACUGGUUAUUCAUGUUAGGAGAAUAACGGUGCACACACACACGCACACACACACACACUGUGGUUAUUCAUGUUAGGAGACGGCUUGCGGGGCGUUCUCAGCUCAUCGGGGGCGUCAGAGGUCAGAGGUCAUGCCUCUCAUCAGAAAGGUUUUGCUGUCGUCCCGUUGCGCUAUAGAAUACCAACAGAUGGUUUUUGGAAAAUAUAUUUUUUGUAUUUUGGGUUUCCAGAGUUUUAUCCAAUAUUUUUUUGCAUGAAGAGUUUUUUUUUCUUUUCUAUUUUUGAAAUGAAGCCGACGGAGGUUGUGCUCCUAAACGAAGUUUACUCUUAAUUUAGUGUUCUCACAGUACUCUCUUAAUGAGGAAAUGUACAUAUAGAUUUAUAGGUAUGCUCAGUGGCUUUCUCCAAGCGUUAUUUUAUUCACAUUCGGUUGGUUUGUCUUGCUUCAGGACCUAUAAAGUGCUAUUCACUUCUGACACCAUUUAAAGCUAUUCGCAAAGCAUGGGCUGGCUUAGUGUACUAGACACCUGUACUACCGCUGUGUGUACUAGAUGACGUUAGUACUAGACACCUGUACUACAGCUGUGUGUACUAGAUGAUGUUAACUACUAGACACCUGUACUACACCUGUGUGUACUAGAUGAUGUUAGUACUAGACACCUGUACUACACCUGUGUGUACUAGAUGAUGUUAGUACUAGACACCUGUACUACAGCUGUGUGUACUAGAUGACGUUAGUACUAGACACCUGUACUACAGCUCUGUGUACUAGAUGAUGUUAGUACUAGACACACACACACACACACACACACACUGUCUAGCUUCAGUCUGCCUCGUCCUUUACACACACACACACACACACACACACACACACACUGUCUAGCUUCAGUCUGCCUCAUCCUUUACACACACACACACACACACACACACACACUGUCUAGCUUCAGUCUGCCUCAUACGUUUUGCCUUGAUGUGUCAUACCUGGACGUGAAGGACGCCAAAGGUUUAGUCUGUUUCAUCUGUUAGAUCACACACACACACACACACACACACACACACACACACACACUGUGAGUGUUUAUUCAUGUUAGGUUUCACACACACACACUCACAGUGUGUUUAUUCUAGUUAUGUCACACACACACAUACACACACACACACACACACACUGUGUGAUAUUCAUCUGUUAGGUCACUGCGUGUUUCUCUGUGUAUUCAUCUGUUAGGUCACACACACACACACACACACACACACACACUGUCUAGCUUCAGUCUGCCUCAUACGUUUUGCCUUGAUGUGUCAUACCUGGACGUGAAGGACGCCAAAGGUUUAGUCUGUUUCAUCUGUUAGAUCACACACACACACACACACACACACACACACACACUGUGAGUGUUUAUUCAUGUUAGGUUUCACACACACACACUCACAGUGUGUUUAUUCUAGUUAUGUCACACACACACAUACACACACACACACACACACACUGUGUGAUAUUCAUCUGUUAGGUCACUGCGUGUUUCUCUGUGUAUUCAUCUGUUAGGUCACACACACACACACACACACACACACACACAGACACACAGACACACUGUGGUUAUUUAUGUUAGGUCACACACACGCACACAUUGUGGUUAUUCAUGUUAGGUCACACACACACACACACACAUACACACCUGUUAGGUCAGUCCAGUGCAGUGUGUUCAUCACUCUGUGGGCUCUGAGGCUACUGGACAGGUCAGGCUUGAAUCUGAAUGUUUACUUUGCUGGACACAUUUUUUGUACUAGAAUCUAAACACUUCGGUGUGAGAGUGGAAAUUAUAUUUUAUUUUUGCUGUGAGAUUAUAAUAUUUUUCUGGAUAAAAAGGCUGUUGGUACAAUUGUUAAAACAGUUGAGCUGUUUAUUCCUGUAAAAUUCAACACCAGACCAGAGCUGACCAAUCAGAGCUCAGAGAGCUGCCAGAACUGGACCAGAGUGAUGCCGUACCUCGGCCAGAGGCUGCUGUGUCUGAGCACUGAUUGGGCAGCUUUGAGACUGGCCAGCAGUGUGAGUUGUCUUCAAAGAAUGGGCACCGCAGUGCCUGAUCAGAAAUAUGUGGAGGUGUCAACAUGGCCCUGGUGUUGCUACAGGUGUCUUCAUAUGUGCCUGAUCAGAAAUGUGUGGGGGUGUCAACAUGGCCCUGGUGUUGCUACAGGUGUCUUCAUAUGUGCCUGAUCAGAAAUGUGUGGGGGUGUCAGACACAUGGCCCUGGUAUUGCUACAGGUGUCUUCAUAUGUGCCUGAUCAGAAAUGUGUGGGGGUGUCAACAUGGCCCUGGUAUUGCUACAGGUGUCUUCAUAUGUGCCUGAUCAGAAAUGUGUGGGGGUGUCUGUCGCUGCCUGCUGUGAGUCACAAAUGCUUCCAAGAGGGCAGAGCUAACUCAAAGGCACUAGUCUUAGUCUCAACAUAAGAGUUAACAUUAAAAAAAUAACUGUUGUGUAAUAAUAAAAUGUUCAGGAUUUGUGCACUAAAGUUAGCGAGAAACUAGUACUAUUAAAUCUAUAAUAUAUUAUAUAUUAGUAUAUUAAAUCUAACAAGUCAGCUUUGUAACCAAAGAAACAGAUCUUGAGCAUUGCACGACUCACGCGACCCUAGUGCUGCCACAGGUGUCUUAGUAUGUGCCUGAUCUUAAAUCUGUGGGAGUGUUGGAUUCAGGACCCGCAGGUCUUUUUGCCCAUAAGUGUUUGAUAUCUGGCCAGCAUCUUUGUGGUAGGCUCUGAGAGUGUGUGUGUUUUAAAAGCUAUGCGUAUUUACACAGCUCUGAGAGUGUGUGUUUUAAAAGCUAUGUGUAUUUACACAUGAAGGUCAAGAUAAGCACAAACCUGUCUGGUGUGCAGACUCCUGUAGACCGACUGAUCUCUCUCCUUUAGACUGAACUGAUCUCUCUCUUUUAGACUGAACUGAUCUCUCUCCUGUAGACUGAACUGAUCUCUCUUGUAGACUGAACUGAUCUCUAUCUUGUAGACUGAACUGAUCUCUCUCCUGUAGACCGACUGAUCUCUCUUGUAGACUGAACUGAUCUCUCCUGUAGACUGAACUGAUCUCUCCUGUAGACUGAACUGAUCUCUCUCCUGUAGACCGACUGAUCUCUCUUGUAGACUGAACUGAUCUCUCUUGUAGACUGAACUGAUCUCUCCUGUAGACUGAUCUGAUCUCUCCCUACACAGUAGACUGACCUGAUCUCUCUCUCUCUGUUGACUGCUAGCCAGCUCUAGCACUGCCUUUCGUCUACUCAUAUCCACUAGCUUUGGGCUGGGG